AUGUCAAUUGAUCAUCUUGCAACCGAGCUUUUGCUCCACAUAUUUCGCUCCUGCGAUUCUAUCUUCGACAUUCUGAAUCUAGCAGCGAGUUGCCGUCGGCUUCACCGCGUCUUCAACUCGACAAGCAAACUGCAUAUCUUAGCCAGCACUGCGGAGAUCGAGUUCGGCCCUCUUAAAGAUGCGAUUCAAGUGGUGACUCAUAAUGAGAGUCAGCCCGCUCAUCUCAUUCGCCAUGCGCCUAUGUCUGAUUCCUUGCUAAAACAAGUCAUCCAACUCGGCCUGGUGGCGCGGAAAUGGGAAAUGAUUUACCCAUUCAAAAAGUGGAAGAUAGACUUUGAGAAUCGCCGCUCCCUUACCGACGAGGAGCGACUACGAUUGCGCCGUGCAGUCUACCGCCUAUGGCUAUAUCAUAGUGCAUUUCACUCCGAUGCUUAUGAUCGACAUUCUCGCAGUCUUCGCCAUGUGGUAUUGGAACGUGCUCAGCUGCUUCACAAUUGGUCCACGCAAGAGCUGGCCGAAAUAGAAGAUUUGCGCCUCGUCAUGAGUGAUAUUGUACAGAACCAUAUAUGUCCCAGUAAUGGGACCAUUCAACGCAAAUUCCGCAAGCGCUACCCUGACCAGCAAAUUUCGUUCAACAUUCACCUCAAUUAUCCUCCGUCUUCAAGUGUUCUGUCUUCACAUGAUCACUCUUCGUUUCACAGAAUCCCUGGUGCCUCGGUACAGAAAUACUUUCAUACAGCUCACCCGAACAAUUAUGCUGAAUCGCCUGCCAAGUACCGGUCUCGGUUUCGCAAUGAUCUCUCCCAUGACCCGGGGUAUGAAGGAUGGGGUGAUGAGAUCCCACAUUAUUAUAUUGUACAGGAUAUGCUGAAGCUCGAUCCUGGCCAGAUUAUAUGGUUGCGUGACCAUGCUCUGUUGAAGGAGCAGGUGGAGGAAUACAUAUGGUCCCUGGGGGAAUGGUUCCGUGACAAUGGCGAGACGUUCGGUGAUACCUUGGAAUAUGUUAUGAAUGAACGUGGUAUCGAAGUUUUAGAAUUUCGCUCUGCAGUGACUAAUCGUGACAUGGGCAUUGUGCUAAACUAG